GUGACGUCACCUCCGGGGCCAUUUUUGCGCAUGGUUCUUAAUAAGUCACUCUACCAUGGCAUCUAAAAGGCAGCAGGGCGAAUAUAUAAAAUCAAACAAGAAGAAAAGGAAAACAAAUAACUGCGAAGAAACAGCAGAACUUUGUAGUGUCGUUAGAGACGAGAACGUGAAGAGGGCGGUGAAGGAUGCGUGGAGCCAGAAGUCUCACUACACUCAUGGUGAUUUGGAGUUGGACUGCCAACCCUUCCCUCACUGUGUCAUCAAAAACUUUAUCCAAAGUGAGAAUUUCUUGGACAAUCUACAAACAGAACUUCUCACGCUCAACUUUCACUCAAAGUCCAACGAUCUCUACAAAUUUAAACAGUCCGAUGACUUGAGAAAGCGAACUGAGCCACACAUAGCAGGCCUGAGAUCAGCACUGUUCAGCCAAUUCCGACUAUGGCUUGAGGAGGUUUUGGGUGUGAAAUUGGAGCCCACUGUUGAUAUUUCAUGUGCCAAAUAUCAAUACACAGAUAUUCUUUUGUGUCAUGAUGAUGAACUGGAGGGGAGACGUGUUGCCUUCAUUCUUUACCUUGUCCCUCCAUGGCUGAGUAGUGAUGGGGGUUCUCUCGAUCUCUACACAACGGAUGCUCAUUUCCAACCACAAAGUAUCGUGAAGUCUCUCGUGCCUUCAUGGAAUACGCUCGUACUUUUUGAAGUGUCUCCGAUCUCCUUCCACCAAGUAUCGGAGGUGUUGUCACAGGACAAGUGUCGUCUUUCUCUAAGCGGAUGGUUUCACGGACCGUCUCUGGAGCGUCCUCCCCGUCACAUAGAGGCUCUCGUCUCGCGGAGCGAACACUUACCCCGAGAUGAGACAUUGUUGCUGGAGUGGAUCAAUCCACUCUACCUGGAUAUUUCCUACCAGGAGCAAAUUCAGGAUGAGUUUGAAGAAAGCUCUGAAAUUCAGCUGAAAGAUUUUCUCAGGGAGGAGAAAUUUCGGCAAGUGUGUGCGGCCUUGCAGUCGGCUGAAAUCCAGUGGACGCGGAAAGGUCCUGCCAAUAAGAGAUGUUACAAAGCAGCCUGUCUGGACACUUUACCCGAGUGUGUGAGCGCUUGUUGGGAGCUGCUUCGUUCAGAAGCCUUUUUCCUGCUUCUCUCCAACUUUACGGGCCUCCGAUUGCACUACCUUUGCCCUGCUGAUGAUGACGAUAAUGAUGAUGGUGAUGAAAAGAAGGACAAAGAGAAGAAGGAAAGCUCCAAAAAGGACGGCAAUGCAACAGGGUCCUCAAAUGAAACAAGCAAAGAGUCAGAACCGAGUACACCUACGUGUUGUGGUGAACUGCGACGAUGGUCCCACGGCAGCUACACUUUACUGCACGACGCAGAGGCAGCACGAGCGGAAUACGCACUCGACCUCAUCUUACCUUUCAACUGUGCGGGUUGGCAGUCAGAGUUCGGAGGCUCCACUUGUUACAUUGCGAAUGAAGAGGAUGAGGAACUGCUGACCAUCCAUCCCGAAGAUAAUUCCCUCGCUCUGGUCUACAGAGACAAGGAAACACUCAAAUUUGUCAAGCAUGUCAACCACAGAAGCAACAGCGAUCCUUCUACUGGAGCAUUCUAUGACUUCUCUUUUGUGUAUUAUGAAUAAAAUUUUACUUACAGCA